AUGGCUUCGUUCCCCGAGACCGACUUCCAGAUCUGCCUGCUGUGCAAGGAGAUGUGCGGCAGCUCCUCGCCGGCGCCGCUCUCCUCCUCCAACUCGUCCGCGUCGUCGUCGUCCUCGCAGACGUCCACGUCGUCGUCGUCGGGGGGCGGCGGCGGCGGCGGCGGCGGCGGGGCCCCCGGGGCGGCGGCGCGCCGCCUGCACGUCCUGCCCUGCCUGCACGCCUUCUGCCGCCCGUGCCUCGAGGCGCACCGGCUGCCUGCGGCCGGCGGCGGCGCGCCGGGAGACUCCCUCAAACUGCUGUGCCCCGUGUGCGACCAGAAAGUCGUGCUGGCCGAGGCGGCGGGCAUGGACGCGCUGCCCUCGUCCGCCUUCCUGCUCAGCAACCUGCUCGACGCCGUGGUGGCCACGGCCGACGACCCGCCGCCGCCGCCGCCGCCCAAGAACGGGCGCGCCGGCACCGCGGCGGGCGCGGGAGGCCACAGCAACCACCGGCAGCACCGCGCGCACCACGCGCACCCGCGCGCCGCGCCCGCCUCGGCACCGCCGCUCCCGCAGGCGCCGCCGCCGCCGCCGCCGCCCGCGCCCGCCCGCUGCUCCGCGCCGGGGGGACCCGCCGCCGCCGCCGCCGCCGCCGCUGCCGCCGCUUCUCCGUCGGCGCUGCUGCUGCGCCGGCCCCACGGCUGCAGCUCCUGCGACGAGGGCAAUGCCGCCUCGUCGCGCUGCCUCGACUGCCAGGAGCACCUGUGCGACAACUGCGUCCGCGCGCACCAGCGCGUGCGCCUCACCAAGGACCACUACAUCGAGCGCGGCCCGGGGCCCGCCGCCGCCGCGGCCGCCGCUGCCGCCGCCGCUGCCGCCGCCGCCGCCGCGCAGCAGCUCGGGCUCGGCGCGCCCUUCGCCGGCCCGCCCUUCUCCAUCAUCUCCGUCUUCCCCGAGCGCCUCGGCUACUGCCAGCACCACGACGACGAGGUGCUGCACCUGUACUGUGACACUUGCUCGGUGCCCAUCUGUCGCGAGUGUACAAUGGGCCGGCACGGGGGCCACAGCUUCAUCUACCUCCAGGAGGCGCUGCAGGACUCCCGGGCUCUCACCAUCCAGCUGCUGGCGGACGCCCAGCAGGGCCGCCAGGCGAUCCAGCUGAGCAUCGAGCAGGCCCAGACCGUGGCGGAGCAGGUGGAGAUGAAGGCCAAGGUGGUGCAGUCGGAGGUCAAGGCCGUGACGGCGAGACACAAGAAGGCCCUGGAGGAGCGGGAGUGCGAGCUGCUGUGGAAGGUAGAGAAGAUCCGCCAGGUGAAGGUCAAGUCUCUGUACCUGCAGGUGGAGAAGCUGCGGCAGAACCUCACCAAGCUGGAGAGCACCAUCAGCGCCGUGCAGCAGGUGCUGGAGGAGGGCCGGGCGCUGGACGUGUUGCUGGCCCGCGACCGCAUGCUGGCCCAGGUGCAGGAGCUGAAGACCGUGCGCGGCCUCCUGCAGCCCCAGGAGGACGACCGGGUCAUGUUCACGCCCCCCGACCAGGCCCUGUACCUGGCCAUCAAGUCCUUCGGCUUCGUCAGCAGCGGGGCCUUCGCGCCGCUCACCAAGGCCACGGGGGACGGCCUCAAGCGGGCCCUCCAGGGCAAGGUGGCCACCUUCACCGUCAUGGGCUACGACCACGACGGGGAGCCCCGCCUCUCGGGGGGCGACCUCAUGUCCGCCGUGGUGCUGGGCCCCGACGGCAACCUGUUCGGGGCCGAGGUGAGCGACCAGCAGAACGGCACCUACCUGGUGAGCUACCGCCCCCAGCUGGAGGGGGAGCACCUGGUGUCGGUCACCCUGUGCAACCAGCACAUCGAGAACAGCCCCUUCAAGGUCGUGGUCAAGUCCGGCCGCAGCUACGUGGGCAUCGGCAUCCCGGCCCUGAGCUUCGGCAGCGAGGGCGACGGCGACGGCAAGCUGUGCCGGCCCUGGGGCGUGAGCGUGGACAAGGAGGGCUACAUCGUGGUCGCCGACCGCAGCAACAACCGCAUCCAGGUGUUCAAGCCCUGCGGCGCCUUCCACCACAAGUUCGGCACGCUGGGCUCCCGGCCGGGCCAGUUCGACCGGCCGGCCGGCGUGGCCUGCGACGCCUCCCGCCGCAUCGUGGUGGCCGACAAGGACAACCACCGGAUCCAGGUGUUCACCUUCGAGGGCCAGUUCCUCCUCAAGUUCGGCGAGAAGGGGACCAAGAACGGGCAGUUCAACUACCCCUGGGACGUGGCGGUGAACGCCGAGGGCAAGAUCCUGGUGUCGGACACACGGAACCACCGGAUCCAGCUGUUCGGGCCGGACGGCGCCUUCCUGAACAAGUACGGCUUCGAGGGGGCCCUCUGGAAGCACUUUGACUCGCCGCGGGGCGUGGCCUUCAACCACGAGGGCCACCUGGUGGUCACCGACUUCAACAACCACCGGCUCCUGGUCAUCCACCCCGACUGCCAGUCGGCGCGCUUCCUGGGCUCGGAGGGCACGGGCCACGGGCAGUUCCUGCGGCCGCAGGGCGUGGCCGUGGACCAGGAGGGGCGCAUCAUCGUGGCCGACUCCAGGAACCACCGGGUGCAGAUGUUCGAGUCCAACGGCAGCUUCCUGUGCAAGUUCGGGGCUCAAGGCAGCGGCUUCGGGCAGAUGGACCGCCCCUCCGGCAUCGCCAUCACCCCGGACGGCCUGGUUGUCGUGGUCGACUUCGGCAACAAUCGAAUCCUCAUCUUUUAA